CCCAACGCCAACGCGCCAUCUGAGCGGAGUAAUUUCAAUACAAAAACAAUUGAUAGCUAGUACGAGCGAUCUUUACGCGUGAAUUGCGUAAAGUCGGCUUUGUCAUUGUUGCAAACGAAUACACUUGACAUAACAAUCUUUUAUCUUCAACGAAAAUGAAAAAGCGUAGAUCUAAGAACGACGCGAAUGACGAGCCGGCAAAAGAAAACACGACAGCCGAGGAAAAGAAGAAGCUGCUACAAGAGAUAAAAGAGUUGGAGUCUAUUGUCAAGCAGUGCGAGUGGAAUCUGCGGACAUUGCGCUUUAAGGAUGUGGAGGAACGUGCGAAAGAGAUACUCCCGCCAAGUCCAGGAGUUUCCUCACAGAGCAGAAUGCCGCCGAGUGUCGACGUCGAUCUGCAGAACGAUAUGUACGCAUUUGCCGGUUUUCGUUGCGUUAAAUUUCAAAAGGACGAAAUUGUAUUUAAUUUCACGUCGACGAAUGGAGAUCAGAGGAACAACACCUAUGCCGUACAAAUUUUUAUCGAAAAUGGAAAGGGCAAAUUGGGAAAAUGGGUGAUGCCGAUGUCAGUCGAUAUGAAUGAGUUAUUAUCCAAAAGGCCUAUUGGCGAGUUGAAAAAUAUAAGUCCUUUUUUAAAGAGUUGUAAGCAUCAUAUUGACUGCUAUACUGCACGAAAGGAGCAAUUCUUAUCAUUGGAGAAACAUAUUUCGAACACAAAACAUUAUAAUUUGCAAUCUGACAUGGGAUUUAAGCAAAUCAGUAUGGAAAUGUAUGGUGUAUACGACAAUGAAAAUGACAAUUACAUAAACUUGGCAAUAUAUUUGCUGUAUUAUUCUGACAGAGCAAGACCGCAUAAAAUUAAUAUUAAUAUAACAAACAAAGGCAAGUUAAGCGAUGAUGUAAAACAAAGAUUGAAGGUAUUUCUGAAGGAGUUUAAGAUAUCAGAUUUAAAAACUGCAUUAGAGAAGAUUCUAGCACAAGACAAUUCCACAUUUACAUGGAAACAGAUCAAUAAUGAGUCAUUGGAUGAAAGUCCAUUGGAACUAAAUAAUACUAGCAGUUCUGAUGAAGGAAACCUCUUGACACAAGUAAAAUCAGAUCUGAAGGCAUCACUAAGAAAACAUAAGAAAAAACGUGAAUUACAAAAGAAAUGGAAUAAGAGGAAAAGGCAGAAAAAGAUCUCAAAAGAUAUUGAAUCAUCAGAAGAUGAUAUAGAAAACGAUCAUUUGAAAACAAAAGUAUCAAAUACUGAAAAUGCACAGCAAAUUCCAGUAAAGGAAACAAAGAACCGUGCAUCUAUUUUAAAACAAAAGAGAAUUAAUGAAGAUGAAAGUUUGAUGGAUGAAACGCCAUUGCAGAAACGUAAAACUAAACUAAAGCAGACAAAAUUAAAUUUUCAAAUUCAUGAGACCACAAAUUCUAAUAUGGAUGAAGUAUCGUCUGAAUCAAAAUUGCGCAAUAUACCUGAAGGAAAGCAACUGAAAAGCAAACCAAUUACCAGUACUCCAUGUUGCAGUGUCGAUAUUGAAAAAUUACACUUGCCUACUUUGGAGCUUAGUAAUAUCACAUCUACUGAUACGUCCCAGAAGAUAGAAAAAUUAAAUAACUCAAAGGACAAUAAUCAGUUAGAAAAUAAGGGAAAAAAUUCCGAAAAGAAAAGUGUAAAAACAAAAAAUAAAAUAUUACGAAAUAGGAAAACUGUUAAAUCAUUAAGUUUACGGAUGUCAAAGAGAGGAAAACGCCUUACAAGAAGCAUAACAAGUUAAAAUAAUGAUGUAAAAUGUACAAAUAUGUAUAGAGAAAUAACAAAACAUAUCUUUUAGAAAUAAAG